AUGAGCCGCUUGAUUCGCGAUGUGCAGAGGUUCUUCCGGACGACUACAUUGCAUGGAUUCAAGUACUUGAACUCCCCCUUCUUUUUAGACAGGUUUAUAUGGUUGUCAUGGUGCUGCGCGAGCGCGUGCUGCGCCGGCAUGCUGUGCGCCGUGCUGUGGGCACGGUUCCUGCAGUCGCCCAUGUUGCUGACCCGGCACGAGCUCUCCACUGCGCUGGAGGUAGAGCAGAGAGCGCCUCUAGUCGCCAUCUGCCCCUCACCCUUCCGCGCCGCUGAACUGGUUGCUGGGCAUUUGUCAAUGAACAUUAGUGAAUCUAAAUGGCUCUCGUCGUUGUUCGGCAAAAUUUUACGCGGGAAGCCAGCUGCAGACAAACAACGGCUGCUUCUGGACAAGCUCCUGGAUGCCCAUAACAUGAGCCUGUCACAGGUGUUGAUGGACAUGUCACCCUGCAAGGAGCUGAUGCGGCGGUGUCGCUGGCAGAACAUCAUGGUCCCUUGCAACAAACUUUUCGGGAAAGAGUUGACGCUCUGGGGUGCUUGCUGUGUCAUGCGGGCUGAGAAAUUGUUAAACAUAGAGACAGCGGUGGACUAUUUCCAAACUACUGAGGAACUGGACUUGAUGAUGAAUUGUUUUGUCAACCCGCACAAAGAACCGUAUUGUUGCGAGUUCUUCAUAAAGUAUCGCGGUGAGGAUUGGUUAGGCCCCUGGUACCUGAUGUCUGGGCACAGCUACACGACGCAGCUCAUCUCCACCUCCAUUCAGGACCCAGUGAAGGACAAACUAGUCAAUGGAACCUGCGUCUCCACGCCUCUUUACUCGCACAGUCGUUGCAUGAUAUUAUGCAAAGAAACUGAAUGUGGAUGUUCGCACCCGUUACGACUGAUUGAAGAUUUUGAAAUUAAUCUCCCGCCACCGUGUUCAGUGAUGGGGAUGAAGUGUUUGGGGAACUUCAUUCGAGAAGGAAAUACGUGCAACUGCCUUCCAGCGUGCCAGAGAAUCACUGCUUACAUGUCUAUGGAAUCGCUAGUACUCAAUAAUUUCAGUUAUAAUCCUAUUUAUCAGAAUAUUAACCCGAACUCAUCGAUAGUCUUAAAUAUUCGAAUCAGAAUCAGAGGUUCGAAGUCAUAUGAUUUGGUGCCAACCGAAUCCUGGCUGACUUUACUAUCGUCAUUAGGAGGAGUUUUCAAUAUGUUCCUGGGAGUUGGUUUAUUCAGUGCGCUCGAAUGUUUUUACGUUAUUUUAGCGAGAUUACCGUUCUCUAGUAGAAGAAUAUCUCACUCUGCGCAAUCUGAUAAUAAUAUGCAUUUGCAUUCGACUAAAGUGGACAAAGUGUAAGUCAAUGAGAGACAACAUACUCAUGCUGGCAUGGUCUCAGG